GGGUACCUUUGCGGUGUGUUCACCUCUCCGCUCGUCGCGGUUCCGUAGCCCAGACAUCGUAGCCCUUCCACAGAGCAGAAGCCUGUUCUUCUUAGAAAACUAUUCUGCACAUCCGCCGAUUUCCUCAGCAUGCAGACGGAGUACAAGUUCAACGCCGAGGAGCUGUUUCACGAUCCGCCGAUGAACAUCCCGGAGCGCGCGCUCGACUACGGCCGUCGCGGCAGUACUCCAUAGGUCGAGCAUCGUCGUCCCACCAGUCACCCCGCACAUCCACGUGCGUCAACGCAUGCGGCGUCGUUUAUCGUGGUCUAAACGCCGGAGCCGAGCUUUGUGCCUGACACGGUGGACCCGUCGCCCUGUCGAGCACACCGCGCGUAGACUGAUUGUGCUGCGACGGGCCACGGAUGCGCUGAACAGCGCAUCUUAUAUAUAUCUGUAUGUGUACCAUUUUUCGUUGGUAAGAGGAUUCAAUGGGUUAUUGUCUCCGUUUUGUUCAUUUUUUCUUUCUUUCUCCAUACGAAACCGCCAAAUGCUUCUAUCUUAUUACUAUUAUUAUUGUUAUUUGGGGUUUCUACUCCUCUGCUUUGCUCUCACCCAACCCACUCCGACUGCUCUUGACCUUCUCUUGUGGUCCUCCCCUGUGUGUGUGUGUGGGCUGCCUCUCUUUCUCUCUCUCUACAUAUCAGUUUUUUUUUCUCUUUUUUUUUUGCUUAAGUACUCCACUCAUUUUGUUUUUGUUGCUGUCACUGUUGCCGUGGCGUGUGGCUCCUUCUUUUCCUUUCUCCCCUCCCCCCUCCUCCCCCCUCCCUCUGCCAUCACCAUCCCCACCACCCUUCGUCGCGUGUUUUCCCGUGACGUUGACGGACGGCGACUUUGCGGGUGCUUUGGUUCUGUUUUCUUUUUCUUUCUUUGGCAGUACGUAAAACCGUAG